CAUCGUUUGAUUCUAAGGUUUCCCAACGUUUAAUACAAGGGAAAGGCUUGGUGUGGGAAAUGCGAAGAUGACGCUGGUUCUUAACCUAAUCCCGCCAUCCCAAAUCCUACUUCACUCGUCGUCGUCUCGUCCACUGCCAACUACUAGUUCCCGUCAAAAUGAAACAACCCAAGAUUGGACUGCUCUGCUGUUCAAGCUCAAAUGCCGCGGCAGGUUCUCUUGCCUUUUCUCAGAUAAUCGCAAAGAGGAGCAAGCCAGGAAAGCAUUAGAAGGUGCACUUGGUGGGAAAAAAAGUGAAUUUGAGAAAUGGGACAAAGAAAUUAAGAGAAGAGAGGAGGUGGGUGGAGGCGGUAGUGCUGGUGGAGGGGGAUGGUUUGGGUGGCGUGGAUGGUUUGGAUGGUCGAAUGGUGACCAUUUAUGGCGAGAAGCACAACAAGCAAGUCUUGCUCUGUUGGGUAUUAUCCUGAUGUAUCUCAUAAUUGCAAAGGGAGAACUGAUGCUUGCUGUCAUCUUCAAUCCGUUAUUGUAUGCCUUGCGAGGGACAAGAAAUGUGUUCGCUUUCAUAACUUCUAAAAUCUUAAGGAAGACAGGACCAGAUGGUCAGGUUGUUUUUGAUACUAUCUCAAAGAAUGAAGCCUACAGUAGUGUCUCUGCUAAAGAAAGUGUUCUGAGAAAAUGGGGAAGUGCGUGAUAAUUUUGUUUCAGAUUUGAGAUCACUCGCAGCAUGCAUUGAGAAUUUGGCCACUAUUUUUGUAUCCUAUGUUUUUUGUAUCUGAAGUCCAGGAUGUGUUUGAAUUGCCUCAAUGCCCAACCUGUUAUCAACCUAGGAUUUUUGUAUGCUAGCCUUACAAUCCCUAGCAUUCUCAAUGGAACUUUUGACUGCACAUAAAUUGUUAUUUGAUUGAGGGAGUUUCAACCUCGUAUGUAGACGGUAUAAUGAAUCAGUCCAUUUUACUUUUCGAUGA